CGCACCACUACAGCAAACAUUGGAUUACCGUGAAAGCAACAAACUUGACCGGACAAAACGCCCACCGCUGCAGCGGUGUCCUCUAAGCUCCGGAGGGAACAGCAGGAACCCGAAGCCCUUCUUCCAGCGCUAAAACUGAAAGAAUAAAGUCUGUGUUCUCUGGAGCGACCUACAGCUAAGAAGAUGUCAAUGGCUUAUAAAGAUGACGAGGAAGACUGGUUGACAGUUUGCCUCAAGUACCUGCUCUUUCUGUUUAACUUUCUUUUUUGGGUGGGUGGAGCUGCAGUCUUGGCUGUAGGAGUGUGGACCCUGGUGGAGAAGAGUGACUACCUUAGUCUAUUGGCCUCCAGCACUUUUGCUGUUUCAGCGUAUAUCUUGAUCCUGGCUGGCAGCCUAGUGGUUGUUACUGGCUUCUUGGGCUGCUGUGCUGUUAUCCGGGAACAGAGAAGCUGCCUUUCCACGUAUUUCUUCUUCCUGCUGUUAAUAUUCUUGAUUGAGUUGGUGGCUGGCGUGCUGGCUUAUGUUUACUACCAGAGGCUGAGUGAUGAACUGAAGGAGCACCUCAACCAGACAAUGACUGAGAAUUAUGCUCAGCAAGGGAAGGAGACAAUCACAUCAGCAGUGGACAGACUGCAACAAGAUUUCAAGUGCUGUGGCAGCAACAAUUCUCAGGAUUGGAUGCUGAGUGUGUACAUUAGGUCAGAGCAGUCGGGGAACAGGGUGGUGCCUGACAGCUGCUGUAAAACCAUCACGCCUGACUGUGGCAGGAGGGACCAUCCCUCAAACAUCUAUAAAGUGGAGGGUGGUUGCAUCACUAAGCUGGAGCAGUUCCUUGCAGACCAUCUAUUGGUUAUUGGUGCAGUGGGAAUUGGUGUGGCCUGUCUUCAGCUGGCCGGGGCACUCUUGACAGCCUGCUUUAUCUAUCUGCUCUAUAAGGAAGAGGAAGAGGACUUUGGUGCAUUGUAAUUUGGCUCUAGAGCUCCUUGGUGCUUUUAAUCAAAUGGAUAGACAAGAUCUGUGGGAUGGUGUUCACCUGCUGCUUGCACAGAAGGAUUAAGAUGGAUCCUUACUAGACGUACAAGACCCAACAAAUCACCGGUAACAUGCAAAUGUGGCAAAGCCUGCCGACACCUGACUUCCACAUCUGGAUCUGGGAUUACAAUCAGACAAUAGUGAGUGAAGUGAAGUUUACAUGCAGCACUGUCAGAAACUAAUUAAGCCGUUGAGUCUUAUUUCUACAAGAAGAAGAUAUAUUUAUUUGGCUUACAUGCAUGAUUUAAAUGGAGAUGAACGAUUACCUUCUGUAACUAAUGCAAAAAUAAAGAUUAGUCUUUUUCCCCCCUUACUUAAUACAGUAUCAUCAGUUUUUGAGAGCAAACAAGCAUUUAUAAAAGACACUGGCUACACUUGUCAUUGUUUAUGAAGAGAUGGAACAUAAUGUGCCUUUUUUCAAGAUUGUAUUUAUUAUGUGCCGAGUGCCUUGAAGCUUUAAAGGAAAUAUGACAACACAACAUAGUAAAGUGUAUAUUUAUUGGUGGUUAGUUUAAAUGUUUCUAUCAAAACUAUAAUGCUGAAUUUUACAUGAUUAAUCAAAGUUAACUCGUCAAAGUUGCAACACUACCAAAGUUUGCCCACAGGUUAUUUCUUACAAAAUGCCAACACAUUUUUGAAUUUAGAACUCCACCUAGUGGACGCAGCUCUCAAUUAAAAACAAGCCACAGUUUUGUAAAAGACAUGGAUGGUAAUCUGGUUUCGUUUUCUAUAAAAUGUUAAUUUUGAAAUUAUUCCGAUAUUGAUGUUUUCACAUUAAAGCAAAAAAUGUAUUUAAUCUCUUUUUGUCAUCGUUAAACGUUCUGCUGAAGAUAUGAAUAUUUUAAAUUAGAAAUGUGUUCCUUAUUGUUACUGUUUCUAGUAGUAAUCAUUGUAUCAUUUAAUCUGAUUAAAAGAAUUUAUCAUUGCCA